AUGCUGCUUUAUUCGAUUAUUGCAUUAUUGUGCAAUGAACAAUCUGUACAACCAAUGGAUAUAUACGGCCAAACAGAAGCACUUACACUUAAAAGUGGAUGGGCUUAUUUUAGCUUCAAUUAUGGCGACUUUGGACACACAGUAGAUAUCAAGGCAUGGCACAAAGGCAAGGAGAUCUCUACAAUGUACUACGAAUACAAUUUCACCUGCCCAACAAAUGAAAGCGAAAAAGUUGAAUAUGAGCACUUAUAUGAUAACGAAACUCAGACAGCAAUUGUUGGCGUUAACGUAGCUGAUGCUGCCAAUGGAGACAAGGUUCAAGUUAGUGUUGUAUCCAAAGUACGUCCAAUCGCCAUCAAUUCUGCCAUGUCAUUAAUUUAUGGCCUCUUCCUCUUCUUCUCUAUCAACAUUGUUGUUGCUACAAUCCUUCAGUACUUCUACUUCAAGAACUCCAUGGAUCCACGCGAGUAUCUUCCACAGGAGAAGGAAGAACAACAAAAGAGCUAA